UAUGUAGUCAUUGCAUUUGUCCUGGGAACGUGAUGGUAUCGGACACAGCGGUAAUGAUUUUUUCCAUCUAAACAGAAACAGUCUCGCAAUAAUAAACACCUGCUCAGUGGAAUGAUUUAGAAACCAUCAAAAGAGAGACCUGCUGUGUAACAUUCUUCAGCAUAUGGACAACCUUAUACCUUGUCACAGUUCUCAACAUAGCGCAGUAUCCCUGAGAAGAUCUUCACGUGGCAGGCUAUUUUAUCUACCGCACAAGCCAAGGCUUGUUUGUCACUUUUUGCACUUGAACUGCAAAAACAAAUGAUUUGAUCUCGACCAUUCAUUCAGGAGACAUCAGAAGCACCAGACAAACAAGAUUAAAACAGGUAAGCAUAAAAAAUUCUCAAAAUUAUUUGAUAGCAUUCAGCUUAAUUUCAUUGUACUGUGUUGAUCUAAAUUAAAGCUUACCCGAUUCAACAUGUUCCUAGGUCAACAUCUUUGUGAUUAACAACAACGUUGUGAUUGACCAACAACCAGUGUAUAGUUUUUGUGAAGUUUAUACUCAAAAUCAGUGUUUGGUGCUUGCACAUCAAUGUCUUUCAUCUGUCAUUAAAUGAGAUUAUAGGCAUUAUUCAUGGAUAUGCUGAGCUAGACACACGUCAAACUCAGCAAAAUCAGGUUGUGCAAACAGAACACAUCCUUGUUUUAUAUAUAUUCUUAACAAAAUGUUUUUUUGUAUUGAUGUUGUUGGAUAUUUAGUUUCAAUAUAAAAAUUUAAGAACUUGCAAACUGUUUUUCUCUAUUUAACAGCAUUGAUUUAUGAUAUUGAACGGCGACUUCUGCUUUUGAUGAUGAAUUCCCUCAGGCUGGUAAACGGGACAUAGAAUGUUCCAUUAAACUGUGACCACUCUCACUCCAUGUUAUUUCAUAGUGUGGAUCAUGGAGAAAAAUGCGAGAUUACAGCAAAACCAAAAAAAUGUAUAUCUACAAACACACACGAUACACACACGCUCUCACACACACAUGUAGUGAUAGCUGUUGUGUUACGAAUGUCUCUGUUCUUGUGUUUAGGUACGUGUCUUUUCACACUGGAUCCAAACACAGCAAACACUGAACUCAUUCUGUCUGAGGAGAACAAAAAUGUGACAGGUGUGAGAAAGAAACAGCCAUAUCCCGAUCAUCCAGACAGAUUUGAUCAUUGGUAUCAGGUGUUGUGUAGAGAGAGUGUGUGUGGACGCUGUUACUGGGAGAUCGAGUGGAGUGGAGAUGUGCGAAUAUCAGUGUCAUAUAAAAACAUCAGCAGGAAGGGACCGGGUAAAGAGUGUGAGUUUGGAUCUAAUGAUCAGUCCUGGAGUUUGGACUGCUUUCCCUACAGUUACUCAUUCAGACACAACAACAUAGUCACUGAGCUUCUUGUAGAGUCCAUCAGCAGUAGAGUAGGAGUGUAUGUGGAUCACAGCGCAGGAACUCUGUCCUUCUACAACGUAGAAACAAUGAAACUUAUCCACACAGUCCAGACCACAUUCACUCAGCCGCUCUAUCCUGGGUUUGGGUUUAAUUAUUAUGGAUCGGUGAAACUGAAAAAUGACUGACCAGAAAUUUUACUUAUAAUCUUUUGAGAUGCAAUGUGUGUGAUACACGGCAAGAUGUGUGUGCUAAAAUGACAAUAUGUAUCUGUGUAUCUUUUCUCAACCUCUGUUUGUUUUCAUUGUAGUGUCACGUCGAUCAUUUGAGUUAUUGCUAUCAAUAUAAAUUUUCCACUGAAAAUGUACAUUUUAAUUAAAGAACUGUAGCAUCUGCUUAGGAUCACUGUCGAUCGCUUAGGCUUGGUGUCUCAGAAACCCUUUUAGCCUUCUGACGUUCAGUGAUAUACACUACGUGAUCAUAAAAUGCAAAGUUAUUUUUACUGUACCGUGGGCUAAACUACACCUAUUCUUCAGACCAGUCAUAAACCAUGCAAACGUUUAAACUAUGCACCUUGCUAUUGGUCAACGUGUUAAUAACUGGAUGAAUCUGUUGAAUCAAGAUUAGAAGCCAUGCCAAGCAUAAUAUAAAUAAAUUCUACAGAUAAUUCUGUAUAAGUGGAAAACCAAUAAUACAUCAUUUUCAGCUGUGAAUGGUAUAUUUACAAUAAAUUGUUACAAUGUCA